CACUCUCACACCUGUUUGGUCUAUUAAUUCAAUGAAAAAGAAGUACAAAACCAAGUUCCCUGUUGCCCGCAUCAAGAAGAUCAUGCAACUCGAUGAGGAUGUCGGAAAAGUAGCACAAGCAACACCUAUUUUGAUUUCCAAAGCGCUCGAACUGUUUAUGCAGUCGCUGAUAGAUCAGGCCUGCCAAGAGACUCGAACUCGAAACGCAAAACGGUUAUCUGCAGCACACUUGAAAAAGACGAUCGAAACAGUCGAACAGUUUGAUUUUCUGAAAGAAGUGGUGGCAAAUGUUCCCGAUCCUUCAGCAAUGACUACAGCCCCUCUAGUAGCAUCAGACACUGCUGUAACACCAAUGGAGGACGUCAAGGAAGAGGCUGUGACCCGGCCGUCAAGGAGUAGAAAAGCAAAGACAGCAGCAAAGGUUAAGCAGGAGGCAAAAGAAGAAGAAGACGAAGAAGACGAAUGAACUCUUCUCCCCCCCAACCCCAAACUCCAAUCACAACAGCAACAGCAACAGCAAACCCUUCUCUCCUUUCAUUCUUCAGCAUUAAUCUCUCAUCCUUCAUCCCUCAUCCGAACCAACAAAAAAAAAGAAAAACGCCUCCUCUCUCUCUCUAUCUCUAUCUCACACACUCUUUUUAUUUUUGGAUAUUGUUGGCUCUCACAUCACCCGCCCACGUACUGUAGAUUUGUUCCUGAACCACGCCCUUUUUUUUAUAUUAUAUACACAGUAUUUACUUUUAA